UAAGGGAGACAGGGUAAAUGAUUAUUAAAUGCAUGACGGGUUUUCAUAUUCCGUUUAUUAUCACAAUCGCACGAAUAACCAUUCACAAUCACAUCCCGCGUCGCAUAGCGUCGGAAAUAUACCACACACUCUUUGAAUGUAUCUAUAAAUGCAGAGUAGUGUGGAUAAUAAUAAAUAAUAAUGUUGUUCCGGGUAGCUCUGAGUCUGCCUUGAAACCUCGAGUUUCUGUUCAUGAAUACUCGAGUGCCAGGCUGAAACAUAAAGUGUCGGUAUUCUUCACAUUAUUGAGCCAAGGGAAGGAUAACGGUGUGGUGAUUCCAAGUGAACUAUUCUUGCUUGUAGAAGCAUUUCCCGUUGACAUCAUGUAUGUUUCAUCUUUUGGAUUUAGCUGUUGACUGAACGAGGACCAGUAAUCACUCUGCCGUAUAUUUGCCGUGAAUGCGAAAGAUUUGUAAGCUACGAGAACACACCUCGUCGGUGAUCAACGUAUAUCCAGAAUAAUAACAGUCUUCAAAACUCGUCGAGACCAAUGUACAGCGUUACUCAAACAAACCAGCAUUGGUAACUUGUUGAAAACUUGUAAAGUGGUAUCAACGAACAUUAUGAAAUUGUAUUCUGCUUGAAUAAAUAUUAUUUGCUCCGAAUUUGAAUUCGACACCGCUUCUCUUUUACCGCAUGAUAUCACAAUCACAUCCUAUCAGAGGAGGGUGGAUCCGUAUGUUUCUCUUGCAAUACUGUCAUGAAGUUAAUGUUUAGGUAACUCGAAGCAAUAAAGAAGUUCGCCUCUUCAAUCAUGGCAGAGAAAAGGCCACCGAUCGCCAAAAGACCGGUCGUCCCUCGCAAGUCAUCGCACAGCCCUGCUGCAUCUCCACAACCGUGCAGUAAACCACAAAACAAUUCCGAUGAUUCCGACGAUGAGGACGAGUAUGGGUACAUCCAGCCGGAAUCUCAGUCCGGGGAUUUAGCGAAUCUUAUCCGCGAGGCAGGGCGACUGCCGAUCUGCGUCAAGGUACGGAGUGACCCAGAGAUCAAAAAUGCCGAUUGUAAAGGAGGUGAUAUUUUGAUGAUACACUGCACUGAUAAAGAGCAAGUAGUCAAGGCGUUAGGACCAACUGGGAACACGUUAUACCUCCCAGUUCAUUCCAAUCAACUAUAUCAAAUGUUACCGCUAGAUCCGAGAUUGGAUGGUAAGGAGUAUAGAGGAACCAUGGAACUAGUGAAAGCAAACCCUCUGCCACAGGUGGUCCGGGUUUUGAUUGGAUACUGUGAUGAGACGGAUGAAGACGAUACCAAAGAACAAGAUGAUAUCAUCACUAUAGAAGGAGUGAACAAGGGACGCAAUGAUGAGUUGUAUGUUGUAGGAAAGAUCAUGGGUGAAGCACAGCGGAUUCGGGGCAUGGAGGAUGAGGCAGUCUAUACCACUCAGAUCAUCUCUGAACAUCUAUCCUUGUCACAGGUCAUCAAACACAAACUGCCAGUGAGAGUCCGAACAGUGAGCACAGGGUCGCCUUCGAGGAGGCGUCCAACAGAGCUUGAGCUUCGACUGGAGUGCCUCAUCAAAAGAGAGCGUGUUAUAGCUACACGGGCGCGCGACGGAGCAGUCCUUGCUUUCCCCUUCAGUACACCCCUCGAACUGGACGGCAUCACUCCUCAUUGGAAUACCAUCCCCUCUUUGGUGAUGCCCUUGUAUCCGCUUGUCAAUACAUCAAUGUGCAUGAAAGGCUUGUCUUCGGUUACCCUUCCAUAUACAGCUAUGAAGGCAGUGCCACAGCCGAAGAAGGCAGUUUUUGACGAAUGGUUGAAAAGCCAAGAAGGCAAGUCGUAUUAUAGGUUGCAUUUUCUGUCGGAUUGA